AUUCUCCAGGUCUGACAGCAUCUGUUACAUGAAGCCUACAACAGAAUCGUGUAGCGAUCCCCUGGUAAGACCUGAAAGAGCCACCGGCGCCUCCAAUCAAUCGCUGCUCUCUUUGGCUGUAUACGUGGGAUGUUUUUGAUGGAAAAAGGUUGCGUGUUAUGCGCUGGACUUUGAGCGUCUUGCGUUCCGGUUGCAGUUCCCCAGAUCGACACACUGACAGGCGCUGGGCGAGCAGGAAGAGACACUCGGAGAUUCGGGGAUGCUCGUAGCGGGCUACUAACAAAUAUCCGUAACAACCGGCCCACGUCAACUUCCAUAUCCGCACGAUUCCUCGCCACGUUCGCUCAUCCGGCUCGCUCGAGCAGGUACGUGAACAUCAUUUCGUUUUACGCCGCUGUCCGUUGAAGGUGGUGCUGAAAUUGGCUUGCGUACUGACGAGCCUUUUGCGACGGGGGUUCAACUAAGAUCUGGCUGUAGAAGAUCUCUGCUCGCAUAAAUCGGAAGUUCAGAGUAUAAAGAGGAGAACCUUUGAAAAGCCAUCAUGAAUUUCUUGCUAAAGGCAGCUAUGGGAGGAGGUCCCCCCGACGUCGGUAAAAUGAUGGGGGGAGAUGAUAAAGAUGACAAAGACCCUGAAGCAGAAAAAGAGAAAGAAGAACAGAGGCAGGAAGCUUUGCGACAGGAGGAGGAUGAGAGGAAGGCCAAACACGCCAAGAUGGAGGCAGAGCGGGAAAACAUAAGACAGGGCAUCAGAGAUAAGUACGGCAUUAAGAAACGAGAGGAGGCAGAAGCCGAGGCACAGGCAGCUAUGGAGCAAGCCAGCGAAGGCAGUCUGACUCGUCCAAAGAAGGCGGUACCGUCCGGCUGCGGCGACGAGGACGAGGAAGAAAACAUUAUGGAUACGGUGAUGAAGUAUCUACCCGGCCCAUUGCAGGACAUGCUGAGGAAGUAAUACUCCGAUCUUGAGCACAUGUCGCUAGAUAUUAUUUUAGUGUGUACCGACCGAGAGAAAGGGAGCAAAUUACGGUACACCUGACUAGUCCAUUCACCUUUCACACAUUUUGAUUCGUGGAGAGCUUUAGAUAUUAGUGACAGAUCAAUCAAGUGAGAGGGGUUAAAUAUCAGAAUAUAAGCCAUAUUUUAACUUUACUGGGAAACCUGAAUCACAUCAUCUGCAGUUUCUUAAUCAAUACUUAAACAGCAAUAUAUAUGCAUGAAUUGUGUCUGUCGUGUGUCUAUUCCACUGUUUUGUAUCAUUGGUCGAUACGGUUUUCCACGUUCAUUCUGCAUUCGAUGUGAAGAAAAAAUGCACUGUUAACCUUGUUGAACACAUUGCAUGUCUCCAUAGUGUUUAUGUGCUCAUCGUGUUUCGUCGUUGGAAAGAUUGCAAUCAUUUAAAAGAAGGCAAUAACAUUUUCCCAUGCUGUAAGCUAACUGACAGCUACCUUUGUACAUUUCUUAGUUGAUUCUGGGCGACUCUUGUCACGUUUCAUGCACUAUAAUAGCGUCAGCCUGGAACAUUUAAUGCCUCAAUUCAGUUUAACAGUGUCGCUGAGAGAGACGCAUUCUCACGCCUCUGUUUUUGUGCUUUAAAACCGAUUCUGAAUUUAUCGGAAGUAUAAAGAGGGAACGUGCAAUUUUCAAUUUGAAGAUCAAGCUCAGUUUCACAGGGACGGAGGCGCUUGGCGCGUUUGACGGGACUGUCAUUUCUUUGGGCUAGACUCAUGGGGAAUUGUGAGUGAUCCAGAACAUUCAGCAAUAAAAACACAUUCUGUUUGCUUGGCUUGCAGUAAAACCAGAAAUAAAAUCAUUAGCGUAUGAAUGGAUGGGAUGGUUUAAGAAGGGAUGAAAUGUGAUCUGUCUCAAGAGCUGAUGAGUAUGGCACUGUAAUAAACCAAUCUCACAUCUAAAAUCUGUGCUUUUUUAUUGUAAAUACAGUACACUCUCUGUUCCUUUUCAACACCUUUUGUGUUAUGAAGUUUUAACACAUAUGUCAUUAAUAGUACACUAUGGGUGGGCUUCCCAUAAAGGGUUUAAAACUAGUACAAGGCCAAAAUAAAGGAUAGUGCUGUCUAAAUUGAAAAAAGCUUGCUCUGACAUUUUUAAAAUACAUUGGUACGAUUGUUUUGUUUUAAAAUGUUAUAUUUUGUAAAGCAUGUUUGUAAAAAAUUACUUAAAGGUCCUAAUUUAACUAAGGCCUAGUCCUGGUUUAAACUAAUCCCUAAUGUGUCAUUUUAUGUUAAUUGUGCAUUAAAUAAAUAAAAUGUACAACUCAAGGUUAAAACUAACAGAAUCUGUUGAGGACAGAAUGUUUCUAAUGCAACAGUUUAUAUACACUAUUGUAUGCCAAAGUGAAUGUGUAGUAAUUAAAAAGAAAUGUUUUGAUGGUUUCAGCCGACACACGUGCCUUGCCUGAAGUUAACUUCCUGUUUUCCGGAAUGAUGAUAAUACAGCAUAAUUUACCUUCAUAUUAAAUAAAUAAAAAAUCUGAACUUUU